UCACUUCGUAACAGACUAUUUUACACGGACGCCUCGUAAGCUGAAUGCGUUCCGGUCCUUCGCCAGCGUGGAGCUGUUCCACUUCAGUGUUCCUGAAGACACUGUGGUGGCUGUAUGGAACCUCAUCACCUUCAAGGAACAGGGAGGGACCUUUGGAGACAGCUGCCCUGACCGCAACGUCACAGUGUACUUCAGAGCAGGAGCCCCUCCCGUCAUCAACCCCCUCCACACGCGAUUCCCACAGGAUACCAUCGUCCCAGGGUCCUUUGCAGUCACUCUCACCUGGACUCUACCAAACCGCACCACAGGGGUGUUCAAUGUGACCUCACCCCUCCCCGGGGACUGGUUCCUGGCUGCACACCUGCCCAAGGAUGAGGGAAAGAUCUCUGUCAAGGGUCUGUAUGAGGAGUGUCAGUAUCUCUUCCAGCCCCAGCUCAUCGUUCAGAGGCUGAUAGGGAUCUCUGUUCUCUAUCCUGGUUACUUCAUAGAACAGAUGGUUCCUGCCCACAACAGAUCUGUGCUCUACAAAGUGUUCAUCCCCAGUUACGUAUCCAGUGUAAAGGUCCAACUGGCUAACUGCAGCACACACCCCAGAGACCAACCAACCAGGGGACAGACGGGAGACACCAGGGGACCGGGAGACAGAGACAGUACUGGAGACAGCUGUUCUGUUGUCUUAAAGAUCCGAGCCAGGGCUCCUCCAGUCCACAACUCAUCAGCUCUGGACUGCAGGGAGUGGUCACCCUGUGAGCUUGACACACCCCUUCCUGCCUGGGAGCACUGGUACUAUAUCCUGGUGGAGCGUUACCUUAGCAACCAGGACGUAUACUUCCGCAUAGGUGUGCAGGUCACAGAUUGCUCCAAAUCCAGCGCCUCUAAGGGUUCCCCCUCUAGCUCCUCUUCUGGCCCCAGCUCUAAUCUCAACCUGCCACAGUCCUUUGGCAGUGCUAUGGGCUUCUCUCUCUCUGAGACGCUCCCCUCCACCCCUGCCGGCCUCCCGGGCCUCCCCAGCCACGCCCAGAACGCCUCCUUUUCGGACCCCGCUGGCUCCCUCCUCUCCCCACAGAACAGUAUAACCCAUAUGCCUCCCAGCUCCGACCCCAACAGGUGCUGGCCCAUCCGGCCCACCCUGAGGAAUGAGCUGGACACCUUCUCUGUCCACUUCUACAUCUUCUUUGGUCCCAACAUCUCUGUUCCUCCGGACAGGGCUGCUGUGUUCUCCAUUAACCUCAUGCCUGUCCUGGACAGUGGAGGAGUCCUCAAUAUGGAACUCAAACUCAACUUGUCUUCGUUGAGAGGAGAGAACAUCACAGUGUUUGGCUGUCUGAACCACGGCGUGCCCCUGUUCCUGAAAGACAACUCCUCUGUCAAAUGUGAAUCAGAUUCCGUAUCAGGCUUCCUGUUGUCAGUAAACUCCAGCUCCAACAUCACUAAACUGAGGAUCCCCUACCCCCAGACUGGCACCUGGUACCUCAGCCUGAGAUCCCUCUGUGCCACCGAACAUGGGUUUGAGCCAUGUUCCAACAUGACAGCGGAGGUGUACCUGCGCUCCUACCUGACCCCCUGCAUCAAUGACUGUGGGACCUACGGACAGUGCAAACUGCUACGUACUAACAACUAUCUGUACGCUGCCUGCGAGUGCAAAGCAGGCUGGGACGGCUGGGGCUGUACAGACCCCUCGGAGGCGUAUUCCUAUAGUUUCCAGCUCCUGUCCACCUUGCUGCUCUGCCUCAGUAACCUGAUGUUUGUUCCUCCUGUGGUGAUCGCUGUCCGCGGCCACUACCUUCUGGAGGCCUCUGUAUACAUCUUCACCAUGUUCUUUUCUACUUUCUACCAUGCGUGUGACCAGCCUGGUAUCGUGGUGUUUUGUAUCAUGGAAUACGAUGUUCUCCAGUUCUGUGACUUUCUGGGUUCCCUCAUGUCUGUCUGGGUCACCGUCAUCUCUAUGGCCCGGCUCAAGUCUAUCAUCAAACAGGUGCUGUAUUUACUCGGGGCCAUGACUCUCUCCAUGGCUCUCCAGUUGGACCGUCAUGGCCUGUGGAACCUCCUGGGACCGUCCCUCUUCGCCCUGGGCAUCAUGGCUUUAGCCUGGACGGUGCGUACAGUGCGACGGCGGCGAUGUUACCCUCCGACCUGGAAGCGCUGGGCGUUCUUUCUGUUCCCGGGGACGAUGAUAGCGGUUUCAGCCGUGGCGCUCUAUGCCUUCGUGGAGACAGAGGACAACUACUUCUACAUACACUCUAUUUGGCACAUGCUGAUCGCCGGCAGCGUGGGCUUCCUGCUCCCUCCCCGCGCCAAGCCCCGCACCAAGCUCACACCUCUGAAACGUCGGAGGGGGUGUGGCUACCAGCUGUGCGUCAACGAGCACGAGGAGAUGGGAUUGGUGGACCCGGUCCCUGCCAUAGUCGCUAUCAAUAGUAUUAGUAUCAGCUGAUGCCUGAGAUCAGUAACUCUGACUGACUGUACCAGCUGAAGAGAGGUUCUAGCACCUACUGACUGACUGUACCAGAUGGACACGGGAUCUAGCACCUAUUGACUGACUGUACCAGCUGGACAUGGGAUCUAGCACCUAUUGACUGACUGUACCAGCUGAAGAGAGGUUCUAGCACCUACUGACUGACUGUACCAGAUGGACAUAGGAUCUAGCACCUAUUGACUGACUGUACCAGCUGGACACGGGAUCUAGCACCUACUGACUGACUGUACCAGCAGGACAUGGGAUCUAGCACCUACUGACUGACUGACUGUACCAGCUAGACAUGGGAUAUAACAUCUACUGACUCACUGACUGUACCAGCUGGACAUCGGAUAUAGCACCUACUGACUGACUGACUGUACCAGCUGGAUGUGGGAUCUAGCACCUACUGACUGACUGACUGUACCAGCUGAAUGUGGGAUUUAGCAGCUACUGACUGACUGUACGAGCUGGACAUGGGAUAUAGCACCUACUGACUGACUGAACCAGCUGGACAUGGGAUAUAGCACCUACUGACUGACUGUACCAGCUGGACAUGGGAUAUAGCACCUACUGACUGACUAAACUGUACCAGCUGGAUGUGGGAUCUAGCACCUACUGACUGACUGUACCAGCUGGACAUGGGAUAUAGCACCUACUGACUGACUGACUGUACCAGCUGGACAUGGGAUAUAGCACCUACUGACUGACUGACUGUACCCGCUGGACAUGGGAUAUAACACCUACUGACUGACUGACUGUACCAGCUGGAUGUGGGAUCUAUCACGUACUGACUGAGUGUACCAGCCGAGGAUGGGAUCUAUCACGUACUGACUGACUUCCAGCCGAGGAUGAGAUCUAUCACGUACUGACUGAGUGUACCAGCCGAGGAUGGGAUCUAGCCCUAACUCUGACUGACUGUACCAGCUGAUUAAAUCACUGACUGACUGUACCAGCUGAUUAAAUCACUGACUGACUGUACCAGCUGAUUAUAUAACUGACUGACUCUACCAGCUGGCACGGCGAUGGGAUCUAAAACCUACUAACUGUCUGACUGAUGGACUUUCUGACCGACUGUCUGACUGAUUAGCUGGCUGACUGGCUAGGCUGACUGACUGACUGACUGACUGGCUGGCUGGCUGGCUGGCUGAC